UCAUGUCGGACUCUGAGGAGGAGAGCCAGGACCGGCAACUGAAAAUCGUCGUGCUGGGGGAUGGCACCUCUGGGAAGACCUCCUUAACUAUGUAUUUUGCUCAAGAAACUUUUGCGAAGCAGUACAAACAAACUAUAGGACUGGAUUUCUUUUUGAGAAGAAUAACGUUGCCAGGAAACUUGAAUGUUACUCUUCAAGUUUGGGACAUAGGAGGGCAGACAAUAGGAGGCAAGAUGUUGGAUAAAUAUAUCUAUGGAGCUCAGGGAAUCCUCUUGGUAUAUGAUAUUACAAAUUAUCAAAGCUUUGAGAAUUUAGAAGAUUGGUAUUCUGUGGUGAAGAAAGUGAGUGAGGAGUCAGAAACUCAGCCGCUGAUUGCCUUGGUGGGCAAUAAAAUUGAUUUGGAGCAUAUGCGAACUGUAAAACCUGAAAAACACUUAAGGUUUUGCCAGGAAAAUGGUUUUAGUAGCCACUUUGUCUCAGCAAAGACAGGAGACUCUGUCUUCCUGUGUUUUCAGAAAGUUGCUGCUGAAAUCCUUGGAAUCAAGUUAAACAAAGCAGAAAUAGAACAGUCACAGAGGGUGGUGAAGGCAGAUAUUGUAAACUCCAACCAGGAACCUAUGUCAAGAACUGUUAAUCCUCCUAGAAGCUCUAUGUGUGCAGUUCAGUGAGUGCAUUUGUCUUUUGUAUUGAUAGUUCUGGUUGCCCUUGGCCUCUGUGUGGGCCAGGGAACCUCUAGGAACUUGUUUUUAUCAGUGACCAUCUCUGUAGCUCAGUUAACACUUUCCUCUCAACUUGCUUCAUCACUGUGUGUUGCCUCAGCCUCAGGCAGCUCCUUGGACUGGAAAGAAUUCAACUUUGGGACCACACACUUUGAAUUCAAAAUGGAAAGCCCAUUCUCUGGAAUUAGACUGCUUCACCGAAAAAGAAUAAUGUUGGUACUUUUUAUGUCCUCACUUCUUUUUUCCCUGAUGUAAAUUUUUUUAAACAAAUAGGAAAAGUAUCCAAGUCUUGAUCAUCAGCCAAGAUUUGGCCACAGCACAGUUUCAUACUCUUAUCUAACUCAUCCCUGGCAAAGUAUGCUUCAGAGCGCAGACAUUUAAACGAGUAAUAUAUUUUGUCUACAGAUACUUAAGAAGGCAUUCUUUUGCUGUCUAUUGUGAGUGAAAAUAUAUAAAGCUGUAUCUAACUGAAAAUGCUUGAAAGAAAGCUAUAACAGAAAUAUUUUUUUCAUUUUUUAAAAAAGAGCCUAAUUGUUUAUAUUUUAGC